UCGCCUAAUGAAACAGCAUCAGCAUUAAAUACAAUGAUGGUGAUGCAAGCAAGUAUUAAAAAACCACCACCAUCUCAUGUUACAAGUGAGCAUUCAUUAAAUGGGUAUAUCCACUCUGUUCAAAUUGCAGGUCAUUCUUUUCAUACUUGA